AAGAGGCUGACCAAGCUCUGGGCCGCAGAAGGGGGAAGGGGCUCCCCUUAGGGUAAGAGAGCGGCGAGAGGCGGGGCUCCAGGAGACUGGGGAGUCCCUCCCCGGGCUGUACACCAAGGGGAGGGAAAGAAGGAGAGGUAGAGGAGUGGGAACUGGCCGAGGCAGCGGCGGCAGCGGCAGCAGCAGCUGCAGACAAUCCAGCAGUUGCAGACACUCCUCCAGCUGCGAAUUGGGCAGCCGUGAUCCCCCUUCCCAUACCCCACCUCUCCCCAGCACCGGCUACACCAGCAAGCGAGGCCCCGAUCUCCCGCCCGAAGAAAAAGUUUCUUACACUUAAAGGGUAGUUGGGGACUGGUGCAAACCAGGGUCCCUCGGCCCCCUCCCUGGCUACUCUGCUCCCCGCCCCCACGCCCGUGGGCUCCUUAGCUGGCGAGCCGGGUCACCCAGGAGGAGGAAGAGGAGGAGGAAGACUGGAGGGAGGGCUCGCUCGCGGUCAGAGAAGAACAGAGAUCGAUGAAGCCCUGCAAAGAAGAGGAGGCUGCGGCGGCGGCGCAGGCGGCGGCCGAGGAUGGCAGCGGCGGCGGUGCAGACCCCUGGAAGGAGUGUGCAGAGGUGGCGGUGCAGCUGGCGCUCCGGGCCGGACAGAUUAUCAAAAAAGCCCUUACUGAGGAAAAACGUGUGUCCACAAAAACAUCAGCUGCAGAUCUUGUGACAGAAACAGAUCAUCUCGUGGAAGAUUUAAUUAUUUCUGAACUAAGGAAGAAGUUCCCUUCCCAUAGGUUCAUUGCAGAAGAAUCUACUGCUGCCGGGGAAAAGUGUGUCCUCACAGACAGCCCUACCUGGAUCAUUGACCCUAUUGAUGGUACUUGCAACUUUGUACACAGAUUUCCAACAGUGGCAGUUAGCAUUGGAUUUGCUGUUAAUCGAGAGCUUGAAUUUGGAGUGAUUUACCACUGCACUGAAGAACGAUUAUACACUGGCAGAAGGGGUCAAGGGGCCUUUUGUAAUGAACAAAGGCUUCGAGUAUCCAGAGAGACAGAUCUUUCAAAGGCCUUGGUUUUAACAGAAAUUGGUCCAAAGCGUGAUCCUGAUACUCUGAAAUUGUUCUUCAGUAACAUGGAGAAGUUACUCCAUGCCAAAGCUCAUGGGGUACGUGUGAUUGGAAGCUCUACCUUGGCUUUGUGCCACCUAGCCUCUGGUGCAGCAGAUGCAUAUUAUCAAUUCGGCUUGCAUUGUUGGGACUUAGCGGCUGCCACUGUCAUAAUUAGGGAAGCAGGUGGUAUUGUGAUAGACACUUCAGGGGGACCCCUUGAUCUCAUGUCAUGCAGAGUGGUUGCUGCUGGAACCAGAGAAAUGGCUCUGGUCAUAGCUCAGGCAAUACAGACUAUUAACUACGGGCGUGAUGAUGAGAAGUAACCAAA